AUGGUUGGAACACUGUUAAGCUCUGUUCUAUUGAUUUUGUCUCUGAGUCUGGUAACUUCGGCACCCACUGCUUCGGUUACUGGACUCGUGCCUUCUAUUAACGACAACGGAGUUAUUUUAGUUCCAUCCGAAAAGAGUUAUUAUCUAAGAAUCGAUGUAUCUGGAACGGGGCGUGAGGAGACCGUUGAGGAGAUUGCUCCGGAGACGCUUCUAGUUAAAGGAACUUUUGGACAACCCUUUCCAGGAUCCAAGUAUCUGCUGGUCACCUAUGAGGCCGGACCAAACGGAUAUGUGGCCAAAUAUAGCCUGUCGGAAAUUCAAAACCAAGUUCAACAUCUACCACCUGCUGUUCUAAAAACUGCCGCCGGAUAA